AUGUCAGGAGCAAUUGAAGUUGUUAUGCAGAAGGCCACCAGUCACAGCCCUGCGACGGUAGUCAUGUCAUCUGCAGACCACGGUUGCAUUUCAAAAUGCGGUGGAGGACGGCAUUACAUCCGUUUAGAUGAGUCCAGUGCUCCUCAUCUGUGCCGUCUGGCAACUCCUCGUGAGAUGCGCCUCCUGCUUGCAGAAGAAGAUGGGCAUGAGCGAGCUACUCAGCGUGUUCGCACCAUCCAGCCAUCCGAGACCCGUCAGACUCGGGAGCGACCCCGUGUUGUAAAUGCGCUGGAACGUAUCUUUGCUCGAGAGCGUCCGGCUCGGCGAUCAGGUGAGAGUUCCCGAAAUGACCGUUACAACGAUGAAACUUUCCGACAGCGAAAUGAGCACCAACUCGUCCCUCGCGAGUCAAGCGACCUUAGACGUGGGGUGUCCACGAGACGUUCAGAAGGCCGCUCCGGAUCGAACCAUCGCGAACGUGACAAUAUUACUAGCCAUCCUCGGCAAUCGGCCACAGUUGGUGACGACCAAACUCUAAUGCCUGUGCGUGCUCCGCGAGGAACCGGUCAUAGACAUCGUCGUUAA